GGCCCCAUCAUCCCCGGGCCGGCCGUUUGAAUUCAAAUUUCUGGGCGGGGCAUCAUCAUCAUCCAUCGUAUUUACUGAGCGCCUACCGUGGGCAGAGCACCGUACUGAGCGCUCAUGUCGGGGGACCCGGUGCGGGAGCAGCGGGCCCGGUGGGAACGGAAACGCGGCCGCGCGGCCCGGGAGCUGCUGGAGACGGAGAUGCGCUAUCUGCAGCAGCUGCACGGGGUGGACACGUUCUUCGUGGCCAUCCUGCGGGCCAAGGGCACGCUGAAACCGGCCCAGCUCCAGGCUGUGUUUGGGCCCUGGGGGGCCAUCUGCUCGGCCAGCCAGGCGUUGCUGCCCCACUUGGAGCGGGGCCACUGGGGAGCAGGGCUGCAGGGUUUCUGCCCUCAUCUACCACUCUACAUCAGUUACGCUGCCAACGGGGAGCAGGCCAGGACCACCCUGCAGGAGAGACUGCAGAAGAGCAAGCAAUUCCGGCGCUUUGUGAAGCUCCAGGAGGGCCGGCCUGAGUUCGGGGGUCUGCGGCUGGAGGAGCUGCUGCUUCUGCCCCUGCAGCGGCUCCAGCGGUAUGAGACCCUGACGGAGGCUUUGGCGGAAAACACCAGUCCCAGCAGCCCCGACUACCAGCAGCUCUUACGGGCUGCACGGUCAGUGGGCGAGGCCACCCAGCGGGUGCGGGCCAUUACCGGGGAGCAGGAGAACAACCAGGAGCUGCGGCGCAUUCGGGGCCUGCUCAGCGGUCGCAGGGCCAAAGGGUUGACCGCCGGGCUGGCUCCUGGAGGUCCCUCCCCGGGGGGAGCCGCGACCCCGGCUGUUCCUCCUGUUCUCCGACGCCCUGCUGAUGGCCAAGCCCCGCUCCCCGCUGCACCCGCUGCACGCGGGCACCUUCUCGUGCCGAGCCCUCUACCCGCUGGCCCAGUGCCGCCUCGACAGGGUCUUUGGCCACGCGGGGGGCUGCGGGGGGCUGCUCAGCCUCUCCUUCCCCCACGAGAAACUGCUGCUCAUGUCCACCGAUCCCAAGGAGCUGGCCCAGUGGUACCAGAGCCUGGCGGCAGUCACCAGCCCCAGCUGACGGGAGCUCCCCAAACUCCGCAGGGGGUCCGGGAACAAAGAGUUCCCGGGAGAAAUUCCCUGCGCUGGCACAGAAGCGGCCCCCCUCCGUCUACUCACAACCAGCAGCCGAGCUCCCGGGGCCCGCCGCGGGACAGCGAGAGAUUACCGGGUCCAUCGUGCUGCCUUGCCCUGUCUCUCUCACCCUUUCCAUUUCCCCGUUCCCACCUUAUAUGAGCAAUAAGCAGCCCGUUUGGACCGUGGAGCUGGAUCUGCCCCUUGGUGUGUGCCUGGAGCACAGAGCGGAGCUGGAUCUCGGGACUUGGUGGAGGUUAUUUUACUGUCUCAGAAUAAACUAUUACUCAGCUGCCUGGUAAGUUCGGCGGGACAGGGCCAGCCCCAGUCCCUGCCCCGCGUUCAAAUCCUUUCUUCAGGGUGAGUCCAAAGCGCGGCGACCUCCUCCAAGAGACAGCAGGAGGGAGCUGGGUACGGAGACCCACCCGUCCUUGGUUCUCCCCUCUCCUCCUCAGCCCCCACAUAUCCCUGCCUGUUCCUCGUUCUGGAAGUCAAUCCUUCACCUUCUGGGUAUUAGGUUCUGGUCUCUGCCCGCCCCAAAUCGGGAGCCCAGGUCUUUCCCUCAGCUCCAUCUUCUUCCAGACUCCAGGGCCAGA